AUGGCGGCCACCCGGGACGCUGGUGAACGGCAGCUGAUGUUGUGGGGCUGUGCUGGUGGCAGAUGCUGUCAAAAGUUGAAGAAUCCAUACACCAUUAAGAAACAGCCUCUGUCAAUUUCCAGAAUUUAUACAUACAUGCUAGAGAAAUCCAGACUUGUUUCACAACCUCCUGGCCAGAGCAAUUUUCUCAUUUUCUACUUGUUGAUGGAUGGGCUGUCUGCUGAAGAAAAAUAUGAACUUCACCUUAAUAAUUUACAUGCACACCGGUAUUUGAACCAGACCAUACGAGAUGAUGUAUCAACAGUGGAGCAUUCUCUGAACAGGGAGAAAUUUGCUGUUUUGAAACAAGCCCUGAAUGUAGUAGGCUUCAGCAACUUGGAGGCGGAGAGCCUGUUUGUGAUUCUGGCCGCGAUACUGCACCUCGGAGACAUUGGGUUCACUGCCCUGACCGAUGCCGACGCCGCCUUGGUCUCUGACCUCCAGCUUCUGGAACAAGUGGCUGGAAUGUUGCAAGUAUCGACAGAAGACCUGGCGUCUGCCUUAACGACUGACAUUCAGUAUUUUAAAGGAGAUAUGAUCAUACGACGACAUACUCUACAGAUUGCUGAAUUUUACCGCGAUCUCUUGGCCAAGUCCCUGUACAGUCGUUUGUUUAGCUUUCUGGUGAAUACCAUGAAUUGUUGUCUCCAUAGCCAAGACGAACACAGAAGCAUGCAGACAUUGGAUAUUGGAAUUCUGGACAUCUUUGGUUUUGAAGAAUUUCAAAAGAAUGAAUUUGAACAAAUCUGUGUCAACAUGACCAACGAGAAGAUGCACCAUUAUAUCAAUGAAGUGCUUUUCCUACACGAGCAAGCAGAAUGUGUACAAGAGGGAGUUGCCAUGGAAACAGCACAUUCUCCUGGUAACCAGCCUGGAGUUUUGGAUUUUUUUUUUCAGAAGCCAUCUGGAUUGCUCUCUUUAUUGGAUGAAGAAAGUCAAAUGAUUUGGUCCAUGGAAUCAAGCCUUCCCAAAAAGCUACAGAGUCUCCUAGAAUCCUCAAACACAAAUGCAGUGUAUUCGCCUGUUAAAGAUGGGAAUGGGAAUGUCGCCCUCAAAGGUCAAGGAACAACGUUCACCAUCAUGCACUAUGCAGGAAGGGUAACGUAUGAUAUUGUUGGAGCAAUUGAAAAAAAUAAAGAUUCCCUUUCACAGAAUCUUCUAUUUGUCAUGAAAACUAGUGAAAAUGUCGUGAUCAAUCAUUUGUUCCAGUCGAAAUUGUCCCAAACAGGAUCCCUCGUAUCUUCUUCCUGUCCUUCCUUUAAAUUCCGAGGACAUAAAUCUGCUCUGCUCAGUAAGAAAAUGGCAGCUUCUUCAAUUACUGGAGAAAACAAGAAUUAUUUAGAAAUUAGUAAGUUAUUAAAAAAGAAAGGAACUUCUUCGUUUCUUCAAAGACUGGAACGAGGAGAUCCAGUCACCAUAGCAUCACAACUCAGGAAAUCACUAACGGAUAUUAUUGGGAAACUCCAGAAGUGUACUCCACACUUCGUUCACUGUAUCAGGCCCAAUAACUCAAAGCUACCAGACACGUUUGAUAAUUUUUAUGUGUCUGCUCAGCUACAAUAUAUUGGGGUCCUGGAGAUGGUGAAGAUCUUCCGAUAUGGAUACCCUGUCCGCCUUUCCUUCUCGGAUUUCCUGUCAAGGUAUAAGCCACUGGCUGAUACAUUUCUGGGUGAGAAGAAGUCCGCUGCGGAGAGAUGUCGGCUUGUCCUCCAGGAGUGUAAAUUACAAGGCUGGCAGAUGGGAGUCCGAAAAGUGUUUCUAAAAUACUGGCAUGCUGACCAGCUCAAUGAUUUGUGCCUCCAGUUGCAGAGGAAAAUCAUAACCUGCCAGAAAGUUAUCAGAGGAUUUUUAGCACGCCAGCACCUGCUUCAGAAAAUGAGCAUCAAACAGCAAGAGGUCACUUCUAUCAACAGUUUUCUGCAGAACACCGAGGAUAUGGGGAUGAAAACGUAUGAUGCCUUGGUCAUUCAGAAUGCCUCAGACAUUGCCCGGGAAAAUGACCGGCUCCGUAAUGAAAUGAAUGCCACCUACCAUAACGAGAAAUUCGAGGUCAGGACCAAGCAAGAGGAAAGAACCAAAAGAACCGAAGACAAGAGUGGACCCAGGAAUUUCCAUUCUAGCUCCAUCCUGGUCUGCACAGCCGUGGACGGCCCAGGCCAGUGUCUCGCCGCCCCGUCCAUCUGGUCUCCCUCCCUGCACUCAGUGUUCAGCAUGGAUGACAGCAGUGGCCUCCCAUCACCGCGGAAACAGCCUCCCCCCAAGCCCAAGAGGGACCCCAACACCCGGCUGAGCGCCUCCUACGAGGCCGUGAGUGCCUGCCUCUCUGCAGCCGCCAAGGAAGCAGCCAGCGAAGCUCUGACCCGGCCCAGACCUCACAGCGAUGACUACAGCACCAUGAAGAAGAUUCCUCCUCGAAAGCCCAAGCGAAGCCCCCACACGAAGCUCAGUGGCUCCUAUGAGGAGAUAUCAGGCCCCAGGCCUGGGGAAGGGAGACCCCUGGGGAAAGCAGGGCCCCCCCAGGACUCGGGGGCCGUGCACAGGGCCUGCUCGGCCGAGGGGCCUCCCCACUGUGCCCUGCACCUGACUGUGCCACAGGGAGGUGACGACGAUGCCGAACCCGUGUACAUCGAGAUGGUGGGGAACGCUGGGAGGGCUGGCUGCCCCCAGCCCGACAGCCCAGACCCCGGGGAGUCCGUGUAUGAGGAGAUGAAAUACUUCUUGCCCGAGGAGAGCAGCCGCAGCCUGGGCAUGGUCUCCUUCAUGUCUGCAUCGCCCCCUCUGUUUUAUGAGAGCCGAAAACCCAUCACCUUUGAGGACGGUGACACGAGCGGCCAAGCGGCGGGGCCCUUGAGGGACACCUGUGACAUCCCGCCCCCUUUCCCCAAUCUGCUUCCCCACCGGCCACCCCUGCUGGUCUUCCCUCCAACCCCCGUGACCUGCUCCCCGGCCUCCGACGAGUCGCCUUUGACACCCCUGGAAGUGAAAAAGCUGCCCGUCCUGGAGACCAACCUCAAGUACCCCGUGUCAUCAGAAGGUUCAAGUCCACUGUCUCCACAGUAUUCCAAAAACCAAAAGGGGGACAGUGACAGGCCCGCGUCCCCCGGCUUGACUGUAUUCAAUGGGCCCAACAAAAUCUCCCCACCUUCCACACCCCCUGCUCCUCCCCUGCCCCCUCCGGUGCCUCCUGCCUCCUACUGGCCACCUGCACACUUUACAUUCCCCCCCGAGACAGUUGUGGUGCCCACAGGAAAGGCGAUGGCAAAUUCAGACGUGGCCAAAUCACAGCAAAAGCCAAACUCCGCCCCCGCAGGGGGUCCAUGCAGCUCCUUCUCCAAGAUUCCUUACUCCCCGGGGAAGGCGGCUCGAGGGGAACACAGGAAGGCCAACUCCAGCUCCUCCUCCCCGGCACCCUACAGCCCUCCCAACUCCAGACCGCUCAACAGCCCCCUGGACGAGCUGGCCAGCCUCUUCAAUUCCGGACGGAGUGUGCUUCGGAAGUCUGCAGCAGGAAGAAAAAUUAGGGAAGUGGAAGGUUUCGAAACUAACAUGAACCUAACUAGCCAAGAUGAUCCUAGUACAUCAGAAAUUCCUUCAGAGACUCAAGAUAGAAAUGCAAAUAACCAUGGAAUUCAAUUAUCUAAUUCACUAUCUAGUACUAUAACUGCUGAAAAUGGAAACUCUGUCUCAAACGGUUUACCUGAAGAAGAUGGAUACUCAAGGCUAUCUGUGAGUGGCACGGGGACUUCGUCAUUUCAGAGACAUAGAGAAAGUCACACCACUCAGGUCAUACACCAGCUGCGGCUCUCAGAGAAUGAAAGCGUGGCCCUGCAGGAGCUUCUGGACUGGAGGCGGAAGCUCUGUGAAGAAAGAGAAGAUUGGCAGCAAAUCCUGCAUCGCUCAGAGCCCAGGCCACCCCCGCCACCACCUUGCAAGAAGCCCACUCUUUUGAAGAAGCCCGAGGGAGCCUCCUGCAGCCGGCUGCCUUCCGAGCUCUGGGACAGCACCAUUUGAUGUGGCCUCGACUGCGGACUCGCUCACAGGAAAAAACUGCCUAGGAUGGCAGGCUGCGUCCACAGAAGGCUGCCUUCUGACACGUGCUGGGACCUCCCUCCCCACGCAUGGAUACAAAAAAAGCACAGGACACUGACGCUAAAUAGACGAGAUCUCGUGUGUGUGUGUGUGUGUGUGUGUGUGUACAAAAGCGUGUGUGUGUUUGUUCUUUCUUAUCCAUGUUGUGGUGAUUUGCUCUGACCUUCACGUUCCUUGUCGACAGCACUGUGCUACCCUUAGGUGGCAACAGUGAUGCUGGGAAAAGUGGGGAGGGAAUGAGAGAGGGGGUGACGUGAGGAGAAGAGCCGUCCAUGCCCACUCUGUACAGUUGUUUUUAGAGAGCUUGAGAGUCUGUUUCUUGUCCUUCCGAUGGUUUUAUUAUAAUACACUAUACAGGACAUAUAUUUUGUUUCUUUGUAGGUGUUUUGUGUUUCAUGGGAAUUACAAUAAUUAUUCACCUGUUUAUGACUGUAUUUUAUAACUUUAUGCAAUCGGUGGUGCUCCCGUUCUUCAAAAUACAGAUUUUUAAAAAUCAUUUUUAGAUUUUUUUUCCCUUCUGCACAACUUUUCCUCUUUUUUUUUUUAAAACCUAAAGUACCUAAAAAUCUGCAGGCUAUGUUACUGUUUUAGCUGUGCCAGUGUCACCCCUUGCAGAAGUAUGGAUCGAGUCCCGUGUUUUAGAUGUUCCUCAUCGACAGGCAGGCGGUUCUUCCCUGUGCUCUGUGCUUCUGGAUAAGUGGAUUGUACACCCCGUAGUUAACAAUUUCACCUCCCGACCUCAGCAAAGAUCGCAGGAAAUUAUGCGGUGAUCGGUUAAACACACGUGGCUUCCAAUUCAUAGCUGGUCUUGUAAAAUGGUCACAUUCGUUCAAAGGUCCAAACAGUCCAUAUUAUUAAGUGCACCGAGAUUUACCGGUUCGAGCAGUGGGGGCUGCGUCACAAGACGGUCCUCCCCUUGAGUGACACUGCAUGACUCAUUGUACACCCUCCGCCCUCCUGUAAUGCAAGGCCUUGUGUGUCGAUGUGCUUCCGUGGGCUGGCAGGAAGUUCUGAGCUGUGUGGCUCCACACCACCCUGUCUUGCUACUUGGAACUUUUUAUUCAUACCGGCCUUUGAAACGUGACUGUGCCAAUAAAAGGGUACAACGAUGUGCUUCCUCUGCUUUA